GGAAAAGUUAAGGCAGUAGUUGUCUUUUGGCGGGCUUAUUUUAUUCCAAUCAUAGGAUUUCUUGUCGUGUAAGCUGCACUAUUGCCAGCACCUUUUCAUCAAGGACGAUAUCAAAGUAUAAUCGGAGUAUAUACAUUAUAUAUUUAUAUAAGUAGGACCGACUUUACUUCAUCACAUCUCUUGAUAGCUCGAGUCUCUGCUCUAAGAUGAAAGAUGACAGCCUCGAAAGUCCCGGUUGUUGAAACCGCCGAGGGGCUCGGACGCAUUUUCGUCCCUCCUAAUGCGGAACCGCUCGGGUAUGGAUGGACUUUUUUCUCCCAUUUUUCAUAGGCGGCCCACGGCCUCAUGUUCGCGAAGCUCAAGUUGUAACAAGUAAAGUGUAAGUUAUUCUUAUUUCAGAGUAGUUUAUAGCACGCAUGGAGUAGCAUGGAGUGCAUGGAGCGCAGAGCUUUAAGGGGCGCAAGAAGCUCCCCCUUUAGGUCCAUGCUACUCCAUGGGAUCCAUGCACUCCAUGCCAUGCGAGCCGUGAAACCUUAUAAGUUGCUCGGUUAUAAUUUGUAGUUAUGCAUUGACCACAUGUGUAUGUUAAAGAUUCUAAGAAGUAAAUUUACAAUCAGAACGGUUCACCCUCGGUUGUGCCAAAGUUUGUUUCCUCUAUAUUGCACUAGACAAGACAACACCAUUAAAAUUAGCAACGCCUCGCGCUAGGCUCAUCAUCAUCACCAUCAUAUAAGGAGGAUCUAUCGUCUUUCAGUCGGCGAUAGAUGUAUGUGAAUAGUACACGCCGACCCCUGCCUUCAUAGUGGGUACACGAGAUCUGAGCGGGAGUUUUAUGCGGCUCAGAGGGAAAAGAUAACCCCGGGGGAGGCGGUCACUUUUUAUGGAGUUUUGUUCGUUAGGUCAUUUGUUAUAAGUGUUUAAGUUACUUGGGUAAACAAAGCGCCAUGACCAUGUAUUCUAGAAGGAGAAAACCAAAACUCAAGCAGUCUGGUUUCAAAGGUAGAAACUUCUAGGGGGAACAACAGCCUCACGGGCAAUCUUCCAUCUGACUUCUUUACACAGGGGCCGGUGAUUCGGUUUUGAAGUAGUAGAAACUGAGAAGAAACCCAAAAGCCAUCAAGCAAUCUAUGAGCAAUGAGUUACCAACUACUUCUAACCUGGGACAGAGGACUCCAUGGCUUUGGACGAAAUACAACAGGAGGUCGAGGGAACCUUCUGGGUAGACAAGUUUCUCCAGGCACGAAAACUCGCGCUCGAGCUAUUAAGGCUACUGCUCUGCUCUAUCACUUUUUUUCUAUUACUAUAGGGAGGAUGAAGGCGCCACAAGUACCGUAUGCAAGGAAAAACCCGAAUACAUAGGGAAGAUAGAUAUUCCUCAAGUAUCGUAAACCAGAAAAACACCACAAAAAUAUGGAACACAGUAUUUAACGUGAUGCAGCGCGGAUAUGAUAUGCUGUACAGUUUUAGUGCUUCUGUGGGUGUGUGUACGCAUACGGGUUUACCCUGUGGGUGGUAGGUCGUGGUGUGAAGUUCCCGAAUCGAUUUCGAGUCCUUGCGUAUCCUGUGCUAAAUCCUAUCUUCAUGAGUCCCGUGUUCUAGUAGAUAUUUGGAGUAGCUCUUGUUGGUCUAAGCAAGGCUAUAGAACCCCCCGUGGCUAGCACGAGAUUCGACAACGUUGUUGGCUUUCGCGAAGUGCGGCCGACGUGGCCGACGUCACAUCUGCAUGGUCUUGUCCGCAUGUCACGUAAGGAUGGCACCACGAUUGCCCGAUGCCUAAUCUCGAGUCUAUUAUGA